GGUAACAUCAAAUUACAUAUAACUAGUCGUUAGCUCGUGGAAAAUCUACGGGUUCGCCCGUCCUUUUUAUACCGCAUUGCGUGCUUCUCGCUAUUGCGCAGCUAAGCUACCAUUUUGCGUGACAGACAGACAGACGUAUACGGGAGAGAUUAUAGAUUAAAGAACUCUUAACUUGUUUUUUUUUUUUUGCUUUCUUGAAUCUUCGAUUAUAUUUCCAUUAAAAAUCACCCGUUGAGUUAAAUAUGUAAAAAAACUUGAAAUUCUUGGGAACAAAAGAAACUGAACGUAGAUUUUCAUGAUAACGUCUAAGUGCUUUUAUUUUUUCAGUUUGCAGAGAUAUAAGCACUCGCACACGUUGUUUGUAUCAUUUACAGAAUUGUCAAACCAGCAGUGAAGUGCGUUAUUAUUGUCGAAAGUCAUGUGGAUUGUGUGGUUAGUAUGACAUACGCAGAAGAUAAGUUGAGUCUCUUUUAAUAAACUUGAUGCUCAACACGUUGUGUUUACAUUUUUUAGGUUGCAGGGAUAGAAGUUUCAAUUGUUUACAUAACAUUAAAUUUUGCAAGAGCUACAAAGACGUACAAUAUUAUUGUCCAAAGUCGUGCGGACUAUGUGGAACAACGACACACUCGCCAACAAUAACAAAGCUAGCUUGCCAAGAUAAAACCACGCUUUGUCGAUAUCUCAUUCAAGAUUGCAAAACCAACACCAACGUACAACGUGACUGCCAAAAGUCAUGUGGGUUAUGUGGAAUGAUUACAAGGAAACCAACAGCAACAAGAUCAGCAUUGUGUGGGAUUUCCUCGAUAAGAAGUGCUCGGAUUAUUAAUGGAAACAUUUCCAAACCAGGAGAAUGGCCUUGGCAAGUAGCUUUACUAAGAGACAAUGUUUUUAUCUGCGGUGCAAUGCUCAUAUCACCGACGUGGGUACUAACGGCUGCACAAUGCAUUGAUCGCAUAUCAGUGUCUUCCAUUAAAGUAGUACUAGGAGAAGAUGAUCGCGAAAAAGCCUCUGGAAGUGAGCAAAUAAUUUCUGCCGCACAUUUUGAAACGCAUGGAAAAUAUAAUCAACCAACAAAUUUAAACAAUGACAUUGCAUUGAUCAGAUUGUCAAAACCUGCACGUUUAAAUAAAUACGUAAAACCUAUAUGUUUACCGCUGCAAGGAACGAAACCUGGAAAAGCAGGAAGCUGUUACUUAUCCGGUUGGGGAAAGUCUACUCAACCUGGCCAAUAUGUCAAUCGUUUGCAUCAUGCAAAAUUGUCCAUCAUGGAGUCUGAUAAAUGCAAAAAAUCCAACUCAAAGUACGUUCCAAUAACUCCUCAAAUGUUAUGUGCAACUGGUGAAAACAUGGCUUCUGGUUGCUAUGGCGAUAAUGGUGGACCGUUUGUUUGUCAGGCUGCGAAUGAACGUUGGACACUGCACGGAGUAUUUAGUUGGGGAUCUCCACGUUGUUCGGUUUCCGAUGCUUACUCCGUCUUUGCGCGAGUGUCAUCAUUCCGUCAAUGGAUUGACAGAUUUGUGUAAUUAUCGAUUUAUAUAAAUCUUAUAUUCUCAAUAAUUUUUUUCUACCUUGUAAUCAAGCUGAUAUUGCUUAUAAUUGGGUUGGUUCUUUUUUGGUGUACUACUGCUACCAAAAGUUAAUUUUAGUUUACCUUAACAAUCUAAUAUCUCUAUUAGAUUUAAAGUUUAUGAAAUGGGAGUCCCGACCGAGUGGGCUGGAAGCUUUUAAUUGCUUCAGGUUGGAAAACCGACAUCUUUGUUUAUGUUUAAAUUUACAUUUUUUGAGACAACAUUUUGUGUUAAGAAUGUUAAACACGUUAAAAACAAUUUUAUCUGGCUUUACAAAGUACUAAGAAAGAAACAAAGCGUUAAAGCGACGUGUUAAGCUACCAGUAAUGAAAUAUUAAACGUCAGGUUAAGCGCCAAAGUACAGAAAAGCCUUGCUGCAUUUCUAGGUGGAACGCUGUAGUAAAAGGUAUACAGUAUGUCGCAAGAGAAGCGCACACAGUGUUACCGUUUCGGAUGUAAUGUAUAACUUUCCCGCAACUUUAGCUUGAACAAAAACAGAUUAUUACCUGAUGAUACCCUGUCAUAGCAAGAAUCGGCCGACAUAUUUUAAAAUUUGCAAAAUGAGUUCCCGUGAAAGUUCAAAAUUUAAUCACACACCAGGAUGAAGGCUGAGUGACUUCUUUUUACAUCUUUCUGACAAACACAAAAAACUACUUUUUUGGUGUACAUUGGUAUUUCGUUCUGGCUGAAAUCGUUGAAAUCGGUCGUGAAUAAUGUACAAGUACGAGUAAUACAAGUAAAGUUUAUAACGAAAUCGUCGACGUGAGAUCAUUGCACAAAGAAGAUUACUUUCAUUGUAAUUGCCUCCUACUCUAGGAUAACAACCACCGUACUUUGUAAUAGCCGAACUAAUAGCUCUGAUGCUUUUUUCGGUUGGGAAAACCUUUGAGAUUGCUACUCAAUGACGACGUAAGCAAUUACUAACAUAAUUUCAUAUUUAACAAUUUUAGACAGAAUAAUAAAUGUUGAACUAUCGUUGUUUGUUGAAUUGAUUAGGUGGUAUUUUGUCUCGUCGAAGUCAUUAAAGCAAACUGAACAAUAAAUUUAAAAAAAGGGCAAUAAAUAAGGCUAGCUGGCUAUAGAUGGCUUGAUUCUCUCCCAAAAUCUACGUUUGUAGCCAAAACCUUAGUCAUGAAAGGAACGAUUUACAUGGCAUACGUAAAUUCAUUAUUAGAAAGGCGUACUUAAAUUAUACGGCUUUAAAUCUUUUUUUUAAGAUUGACAAGUUCGGAGUACGUAUUACUUACAUAAAAAUAAUCUUGUUGCUUUUGAAAACCCGCCCUCCUUUCUACUCAUGCGUGACCAGUGUUGUAAGUUCAUUUUAAUUGUUGCUAUUGUAGCAGCUCUUGUUGAAUAUCUAAUUUUCAUGGUACUUUUCUAAAUUACUUUACGGUCUGAUACCAGUGUAUUAUAGAAGACCUUGUUUGACUUUUUCGUCUGAUUUUCAUAUACAUAAGACAUACAUAAGACGUAUUUAAAUGCCUAUUUAAAAAUAAAUAUGGAGAUAUAUCACUAGAUUUUUUUGCAACAGUCUAAUUGCCAUGGGAGUUAAACCUUUUUGUAGAUAAAGACUAGGCUUAGAAAUAACAGAACUACCCAUAUUAGUUUCACUAGGAUAGCUGCAAGCCACAUGCAAAUCUCAUGGAAGGGCCCUAGUCAUCCAGAUAGUUAAUCUGCAAGGUAACAAAUAGCUACAGGACCAAUUAAAUGUUUGUAUUAAAAUAAUUCCCAGGUGCUUUACUGUCGGGAUAGAUCGAAAACCGGUGUGAAAAAAGAAACUAAACAAUUUUGGUUUGUUUGUGGAAUCGCUGACAUGUCUUUAUGAAAUGCACA